AUGCCACCUCUCGAUGGGCCUCCCGCAAACAUAUCCAGAGCCCUAGUUGGCCAUGGGAUAGAUGUCCCGAUCGCGUUGCGUGUUGCGACUGAUUCAGUGGGAUCCAUAGCCACCUACCAGACAUGGUUAGCCGACCCAUCUAUUGAUUUCGUCAAGAUCAUGGAUAACAUUUACGAACUUGGCUUCCACGAAGUUGAUGUACCUGACCACAAUGGCCAAACACCCUUAAUGAUGUUCUAUCCUCCUCGCAUAUCAGAAGACACGCCUGUGGUCAUCAAGUCUGCCGCCUGGUUGGUGUCGAAAGGUGCCAGUGUUGACCGGAAAUUGCCGAGAUCAAAUGCGAACGCCGCUCAUUUGCUCACGGCCCAAGUUAUCAAUUGCCAUUUUAGGGGGGUCUUGCAUCAGUCAGAUAGCUCCGACUAUCGCAAUUGGAAAAAAGGAGUGGCUGAAUUGGGAGAUGCAUGCUUUUUUAUCCCUCCCUCACAAGAUGGUUGCAUUUGCGCCUGCUCUCCUGGCGGGUGUACCACACUCUCAGUUGCGCUCCGUGCCAUCAUUUUUAUGAUAUCCAAAUGGCAAUUGAAAAUCCAGGAUGACUGCCUCCGGAUCUUGAUCUGCUCUCUCGUUGUAUGGCAGGAUUCCUGGCCAGAUCUUUUGCGAGCGAUAGUCAGAGCGUUGACAUUUGAUGCGUUGGGCCUCACACAUACGUGCUGCACUGAAAUAGAUCAAGUUGAAGAAAAUUUUCCGCCUGAUGUGUUCCUCAACAAAGGAAGAGAUGAGACGGAAAUUAGUAGGAUCCUGGAUGACCAGCGUUUGCUUGUCAAAGAAUUUGAAGAACUGACGGAAGAGAUGGAAAGCAAACUUGAUGAGCUUGGCCUUCCCCUCGAAGAGUUCCUCGAUGGCUAUUGGUAUGACCGCGUAAUUGAGUAUCUUUUGAGGCGGGACCAUUACGAUGAGGAGCAUGUCACGGAAGCAAGAAAAAUGGGCAUUUUCCUCGAACCAGAGGAGUUCUGUAUACCCGACAGAGUGUCGUUACAAUUCCGACCUCGGCUUCAACACCUGCAGGAUAAUUCAUCGCAAGAGGACCGGCAAUAA